AGGCUGUGCAGUGCGGUCUGUAGUGCUUCUUCUCCCAGGGGUUGCUGGGCCUCGCGGGAAAUCUUCGGGUGCGACCUUCCGCUCGCUCUGCUAGAGCUGCCUUUGAACUCAGAAAUCCCGGCCCCCCCAACUAAGAACCCGCGGCCUUCUGGUCUUCCGCCUCCACGGGGCGUUCAUGCGCUCAGCGCCCUCGUUUCAUGGUUGAGGACCCAAGUGUUCUGACUCCGCCCCUGCGCUGCAGUGGGGCUCGUUUACCCCCACAGCUUAGUGGGGACCUGGGAACGUUCUAACAUCGCACGCUUUCCCUCCCCCUUAAGCCUGCCGACCAUGCCCGCGGGCGUGUCCUGGACGUCCUACCUGAAAAUGUUCACCGCCAGCCUCCUGGCCAUGUGCGCCGGCGCGGAGGUGGUGCACCGGUACUACCGGCCGGACCUGACAAUACCUGAAAUUCCACCACAGCCUGGAGAACUCAAAACAGAGCUUUUGGGACUGAAAGAGAGACAACAUGAACCUCAAAAUUCGUCUCUGCCAAGAACUCUGUGAAUAAUGUUAUGAGAAUUAAAUAUGUAGUUUUAGAAUUUACUGAGUCAAACUACUUGUGUUUAAGCACUAAUACAAUGCUAACUGCAAGAGGAAGUGCUCAGCAGAUGUUAACCGAUGCAUUGAGAUUUAGUUAUGGUUUGACUAAUGUUUCUUGAAAACUGCCAAAACUUAUAUCAUCAGCUCCUCUAAUGCGUUUUGAUAGAUACCUAGUCUUAAAUAUCAUGUGAGAGAACACAGUUGCAGUGUCUCCUACCCUUAUAAUUCUGGUUUAUUUCUCUGAAUAAGCUUGACUAUAACGGCAAAUGGGAACUAUAAAUUAACUAUAAUAAAAGUGACAUUGACCAUGAA